GGAAUUGAGAGGACGUGUUAGAGUGCUACUCAUGUUUCUUCUUUACCGAAUGCCAACAUGCUUAGUCCUCUAGGAGUGACAGUAUAUGAAUCUGCUAUAUAAAGCAAUACAUGUUUUAGUCCAAGUGUUCCAUCUUAAAUUAGAUUAGGUCAGGGUAAUGACUUGUAAGUUUGAAUGGGCAAAACUUUCAAACCAAAAUUUUCGAUAGACAGAAAGUUCAGAACCGGAUAAACGAGUAGGAACUACCAAUGACGCCACGCUGUAUUCGCAAAGCAAACUUCCUGCUAAAUUAGUCCCAAAGUGAAACUGGAAGAAAAAAGGAAGUUCAUGGGACGAAUAACUUAAGUCUCUAGAUAAUUUAUCGCGCUUUCAUUUCAUGUGGGUCAGAGAGCCCAAUAUUUUGUGAACAAGUUACCGCCAUAGCACUGGGGCAUGGACGUGGGCAUGGACGUGGACCUGCUGCUCAAGAUCGACAGUGACCUGGACUCACAGGAAGUGGAGGAACUCAAGUUCCUAUGCAAGGACCACGUGCCGCAGAAGCAGCUGGAGACGGUGGAGGCCGCGCAGGACCUCUUCCUGCGGCUGCAGGAGCACGGGCUGCUGGGAGAGGACUGCCUCUUCCUGGCGGAGCUGCUGCUCACCAUCCGCCGCCUGGACCUGCUCCGGGUCCUGGAGGUCUCGCAGAGGGAGGUGGAGGACUCUCUGCGCGAACAGGCAGGCGCGUACUGCGGCGUCUCGCCCUACAGGAAGAUGCUGUAUGAACUCUCAGAAAAUGUGACGGAGGAGACUCUCAAAUCCUUUAAGUUCUUGUUGCGGCUGCCUCGAAACAGACUUGAAUCCUGCACAAGCUUCUUGGAUGUCCUGGUGGAGAUGGAGAAGCAGGACAUGCUCAGGGAGGACAGCGUGGACGAGCUGGAGCGGGUCUUUCAGGAAUGUAACAGGGAGCUGGCUGCCAAAGUCCGAGAGUACGCAGCACAGCGGGCAGCAGGGGGCCCCACUGUGCAGUCUGGCCCAGGCCGGGAAUACCCAGUACGUGGAAACUCGGAGUCACAGCCCAGAGUACAACAGCAGCCCCACGGACCCUCUGUCCCAGCUUCCAGCCCAAGUCUGCCUCUUGCCAGUGUCUCUUCUGGAGAGAAUACGAGCCUGUGUCUGGAUGCUGCGUCGAGGCACUCGCCUGAUGAGGACCUGGAAGAUUAUUACAAGACAAGCAGCCAGCCACUCGGCUACUGCCUCAUCAUCAACAACUACAGCUUUGAGGAGGCCAGAGCGAGGGGGCAGUUCCUGGGGGACCGUAAAGGCACGGACCGGGACGCGGAGCUCUUGCGGACGGUGUUCUCCAGGCUGCACUUCGAGGUGGAGGAGCGGAGGGACCUGACGGGGGAGGAGCUGCGGGAGGUGGUGCGGGAGUUUGGGAAGCGGGACCACAGCGAGCUGGGCGUGUUCGUCUGCUGCGUGCUCUCGCACGGGGAGAAGGGCUCCGUGCACGCCGCGGACGGCACGUCGGUGCCCAUCCGCGCCCUCACCCUCCCCUUCACCAGCACCCACUGCCCCACGCUGGCUCUCAAGCCCAAGCUCUUCUUCAUCCAGGCCUGCCAGGGGCAGGAGCUGCAGCGCGGGGCGCUGAUCCAGGCCGACGGGGUGGGGGAGGAGGAGGAGGAGGAGGAGGAAGAGGCCUACAGAGCGGACGCCAGCAGCUUCGUGCCGGACACGGUCCCCGACGACUCGGACUUCCUGCUGGGCAUGGCCACGGUGGAGGACUACCGGUCCUUCCGCAGCGUCACGCAGGGAUCCAUCUUCAUCCAGGAGCUCUGCCGCCAGCUGGUCAGGGGCUGUGAGCAGAAAGAGGACAUCCUGACCAUCAUGACGAGAGUUAACCGGGCGGUGAGCACCGGCGUUUACCUGAAGUCCAAGCAGAUGCCGGAGCCGAGAUACACGCUGAGAAAGAAGCUGGUCCUGCCCAUAGACUGACACGCCCGCUCCGGCGUACGGGCCCCGCCCUCCAGACGCGCUGCCACCCCCCCCUCGGGACCCGCCCCCGUAAACGUGCCGACACGGACGGAGCUGAGGGGCUUUCCCAGGAGCUCAGUCACCUGACCUGUGGGUGCCUGACGUCAGUAGCCUGUGAAGGAUUCCUAGGAAAGUCCCUCCACAGCAGUUCACAAAAUGGCUGAUGGGAGAGGAAGUCUGGAGUUUGGCUAAUACAAUUUCAAAAUCCCAAAUCUCUGGACUCCCAUAAGCCCUUUUUUGAAUGCACCCCUGGCUCUGGUCCGACUUGUCAAGAUGAAAUAGUAUUAUACCCACAAAGCAUAUUUAUUCUGUGAGUGAAAUUGAGAUUUUUAUACAAGCUUACACAGAACUGGGUGUUGUGCUUUUUGUUCCCAAAGAUGGACGUAAAUAUCUGGUGGAGGUGCAGCACCUUUUUUAUCAUUUAAAAAGUUGAAGAGAUGCUACUGUACUUUUUCUAGUUUGGCCACUUGUGUUUGAUAUGGAAUAGUUCCGUGAUUGAAAAGUGAGCAUUAACUGUUUUUGACUGAGAAACUGGAAUACACAAAAUUGAUGCA